UCAUCUGCAGAAUAAAUUGAUUUAUGGCAAUCAUAUCAAAUAUCCACAACGACAAUCAUUACGGGAAACAUUUAUGAAAAAUUCAGUUCAACAACGAUUAUAUAAAUUACAUGGACGUUGUUUAUGCCUUACAUUAUUAAUAUAUGGUAUAAUGUUAUUGAUAUUCUAUAUGCAAUUGGAUAAUUGGCGACAAACAUUGAUCAAAUUAAAUAUUAUAAAUGGUCCGUUAUCAUCAUCGUCUUUAUCGAAAUCGAAUAAAUGUAAAACUAGACCAUAUUCAGUACAACAUUUUGGACGUAAAUGUAUGGUUCAUAAUGAAGAUAACGAUAACAACAAUAAUGAUGACAAUAAUGGUGAUCAAAUUUUUGAUAAUCAAUCAAUACAAAUGUCCAUAUUGAUCAUCAUUGGUCUUCUAUUAUAUUUAGCCUAUACGGUUGAAUGUUAUCAUUGUUCAACUAGAUUUGUGUUGGUUAACGGAAAACGUAUCCAAUAUGUAAUGGAUCAUAUUGACCAGAUGAGACAGGCAAAACCAAUUGUAUGGUGGAAAGCUGCAUCAUAUCAUUAUGUACGUUACUAUAAUCAAUCGGCCUGUCAAAUGGUUAAUACGACAACUGCUGCUGCCUCUUCAUCUACAACCGAAAUUCGAUCGAAUCAUAUUACACAAAGACGUUUGGGACGUAAAAGAAUCGAUACACGAUAUUCGAAUGCACGUUUUCAAUAUGAAGAUCGAUUUAAUGUUGAAGAUAUUUCCGAUAGAUUAAUCGAUAUUGAUCGUGCACCAAUCACACGGAUACGUUUUUUUAAGGGAUUCGUUUUCAUCGAUGAACAAUCGGCACAAGAAUUUGAUCGACAACGAACGAAUUUUUUUCAUCGUAAUUUUAAACUUGAUGAAUAUCUUGAAAUACGUGAAGGUAUCGAUCUGGAUGGUAUUGAUUUUUAUGAUUCAAUCAUUACAUUAUCCACUGAUGAUGAUAAAGGCCUGUAUAAUUGGCAUUGGUAUUGUCGACCAUCAAUGUUUUGGAUAUUUUCAGCCAUUCUUCUUUCAUGGCCAUUUCGUAUUAUUCUUGAAUAUAAUACUGCCUAUGUUAAUUACAGGGUUGUGAAGUUAUUUGGUCUGCUCAACAACAAUCAACAACAGACAAUUAUGGAUAUUCAUCAAUCGUCUCAACAACAGCAAUCAUCAUGUAAUCAUCGUUCACAAUCUAUUGAUAAUAAUAUUAGUCUUUCAAAUUAUUUGAUUGCACCGAGUUAUUCGGAAGCAAUCUUAACAUGUUCCGAUAAUUUUGCUCAAGGUCUGAAUAAUGUUCCUACAACAACAUCAACGACAACAACAACAAUGUUGGAUGAUAUGAAUCCAAUGAAAACAAUUGAAAUGCCUUUGACAAUCGAUCUACCAUCAUAUGAUGAAGUAAUCAAUAUGACUACUACUAGAUCAUCUAUUCGACAAUAUUUUACACAAUUAUUUUUUGGUAAUCACAAUCAUCGUAAUAAUAAUGAUAAUAAUGAUAAUGAUGGUAGAUCGAAUAGUAUGGAAAAAAUAAUGAAGAUGAAACGAUCAAUUACAAUCGAUUUUUGUACGAAUAAUGAUAAUAAUCAUAAUAAUAAUAAUCGAUUGUUGGGAUUUUUUACUAAAAAAUACGAUUCUACAAGAAUUGCAGAUAAUCAAAAUCAUCGAUUAUUAUCGUUAAAUGAUAAUAAUACUACUAAUAAUUUUUAUUACAAUAUGAAACCACCAUGGCAAUCAUUACAAAAUGUUGUUGUUAAUGUUUAGAAUUUGUUUU